AUUAUUUAGCAAGGAACUGAAUGGAAUACAAAGAGCUGUUUGUUACUAUUGUAACAUAUUCAUAAAAAAAUAACUUUGAAACAUGACAUGAGACUUAAUCGUGCGAAGUGAGAAUCUUAACCAAUAAAUAAAGACAAGAUAUGAUCACGGAGAUCAAAAAUUAUAAUAGUAUACUAUUAGUAUUCGUAUUAGAUACAAACUUAUUUAUAUAAAUUACUCAAAUUGUAACCAAAGGAAUGAUUCAGCGACAUUAGGAUUAACAUUUUUCAUUCAUAAUCAGAUAAAUUAUUUUGGAUAUUAGUGAAAAGAAAUUCUAAUGGAAAAUGUAAUGAGACAAGAUUCUACUCCGCCUCCUUUUACACAUUGGCUGUGGAUUCCGCGUUUGAAACGCUUAAAAAUGUUAGUGAAAUAAAUAAGAAAUUAACAAAAAAUUUUUAAAAAAAUACAUAUCAGAAAAAUCGAACAAAAAAGUGUCUUAUAUGCAAAAAGUUGCAAAUAAGUGUCCUUAAAAAUAUCACAAAAAAAAUAAUUUAAGUGUUUGUGCUCAAGUCAAAGGGAUCAAAAACGAAUCCUGAAUGUAUCUGGGAUCAAAUAUAAUUUAUUCAAAUGCCAACACUGUAUCUGCUGCUGCACCAAAAGAUCAGCGAAAUCAACAUCAAAACGGCAUCCUUCAAAACGGAAAUAUCCACAAAAAGGAAAAAGAAGCAGAAAACACACAACAAGAAUUAUUUCGAAAGAAAUCAUCUAGAAUAGAAACUCCUCCUCCUGCAUUUGAGACAGCCAUCAAUAUGGGGAAUACAAGCAAUAAAACAGAAGACUUUAAUACACAAAACGAACGAAGAAUACGGGCCAACGAUAGAAUAUACAAUUCUCAGUUUAAAUAUGCUAAUAAUUAUAUAAAAACAUCCAAAUAUUCUGUACUAUCAUUUUUACCGCUAAAUUUGUUAGAACAAUUUCAACGUCUUGCCAAUUUUUAUUUUCUCUGUCUGCUGAUAUUGCAAUUAAUACCGGCAAUUUCGUCAUUGACUCCCGUAACGACAGCCAUUCCAUUGAUAGGUGUGUUGAUGUUAACAGCUGCUAAAGAUGCUUAUGAUGAUUUUCAACGUCACAUGUCGGAUUCUCAGGUUAAUAAUAGACGAUCAAAAGCACUUCGGAAUGGGAAGUUGGUAGAUGAGAAAUGGUCAGGUGUUCAAGUUGGCGACGUUGUUCGUAUGGAUAAUGAUCAAUUCGUUGCUGCUGAUAUUCUCCUUUUGUCAUCAAGUGAGCCCAAUGGGCUAUGUUUCAUUGAAACAGCGGAGCUUGAUGGCGAAACAAACCUAAAAAUAAAGCAAUGUCUUACGGAAACUGCGGAAAUGGGAUGUCAAGAAGAUCUAUUGUGGCAAUUUAACGGAGAAAUAAUCUGUGAACCGCCAAAUAAUCUCUUGAACAAGUUCGAGGGGACGUUAUAUUGGAGAAAUCAACGUUUCGCAUUGGAUAAUGAGAAAAUAUUGUUAAGAGGAUGUGUGAUUCGUAACACGCAAUGGUGUUAUGGAGUUGUUGUCUUUGCUGGAAAGGAUACGAAAUUGAUGCAAAAUUCAGGAAAAGCAACUUUUAAGCGAACAACUAUUGAUAGAUUACUGAAUUUCAUCAUUAUCGGGAUCGUUUUCUUUCUCCUUUCGAUUUGUGGGUUUUGUUCAAUUGCAUCAGCAAUUUGGGAAGGCCUCGUUGGAUAUGAUUUUCGUGUUUAUCUUCCGUGGGAUAAAAUUAUACCUGAUCAUCCUUUUCAAGGCGCAACAGUUCUCGGAUUUUUGGUUUUCUUUUCUUAUGCCAUCGUCAUGAACACAGUUGUGCCGAUUUCCUUAUACGUUUCUGUUGAAGUUAUUCGUUUUGCUCAAUCAUUUCAAAUAAACUGGGAUGACAAAAUGUACCAUAAAGACUCCAAUACACAUGCCAAAGCCCGAACAACGACUCUUAAUGAAGAAUUGGGUCAAAUCCAAUACAUAUUUUCCGAUAAAACGGGAACUCUCACGCAAAAUAUAAUGACAUUCAAUAAAUGUAGCAUAUCGGGACGCGCUUAUGGAGACGUCAUCGAUCUCAAAACGGGAGAAGUUGUAGAAUUGAGUGAGCCAAAACCCUUAAACGUCAGUCAAACAUCACUUUUGCUCAUGGCGGAUGAAGACACGUCGACAGCAGCAACAACUGCCGAAUUAAAUGGCGAUGAUACAUCUGCGGAAAUUGAAAACUUUUACACAAGUACUCCGAAGUCAGCGAAACACGUUGAUGAGAAUGCUGACAAUAACAAUGACUUGCUCAUUUUAAGUGAUCAUCAAAAACGGAAAGCAUUUAGACAAGCCUCGCAAAGCGAAUCAGCCAAAAAACGACCCACGAUUGUGAGAUUCAACAACGAAUCAAAUAACGAGAAAAAAAAUAAAAUGUCUGAUUCAAAACCAAAUUCAGACAAUAACAAUUUUCUCAGACCAACGAUGUCGGCUGUAACUCGUAGUAUGGAAGCCCUUAACGAUUUGGAAAUGGGCAAAAAACGGGGAUCUAUGAUGUCAACGACGUCAGAACCUGAAAACAGUUCAAAUGAUCAAAAAUCGCAUAUAACUGAACCUGUUGACUUUUCCUUUAAUCCUUAUUAUGAGCCCGAAUUCAAAUGGUACGAUCAAGGGCUUUUAGAUGCCGUGCGCUCUGAUGAACAACAUGCCCAUAGCUUUUUUCGACUUCUCGCUCUGUGUCACACUGUGAUGCCUGAAGAGAAAAAUGGGCGUUUAGAGUAUCAAGCUCAGAGUCCCGAUGAAUCAGCGCUCGUUGGAGCAGCACGAAACUUUGGCUUUGUCUUUAAAGCACGUACUCCUAAUAGUAUUACGAUAGAAGUUAUGGGAAACGUAGAAGAAUAUGAAUUAUUGAGCAUCCUUGAUUUUAACAAUGUUCGAAAGCGGAUGUCUGUUAUACUAAAACGUAAUAAUAAGCUUAUGUUAUACUGUAAGGGAGCUGACAAUGUGAUAUAUGAUAGAUUGGGACCAAAUCAAUACGAUAUCCGACAACGAACGCAAGAACACUUGAACAAAUUCGCUGGCGAGGGCUUGCGAACAUUAGUAUUAGCUGAAAGAGAAUUAGAUGAGGAUUUUUUCAAUGUUUGGAGACAAAAGCAACAAGAAGCUGCUCUUGCUCUCGAUGGGCGUGAGGAUAAAUUAGGAGCAAUUUACGAAGAAAUAGAGUGUGAUAUGCAACUCGUUGGCGUCACAGCAAUCGAAGAUAAACUACAAGAUGGCGUACCACAGACGAUUGCGAAUUUACAAAUGGCAGGAAUCAAAAUUUGGGUAUUGACGGGUGAUAAGCAAGAAACUGCUAUAAAUAUCGGUUAUUCAUGUCAAUUGUUGACCGACGAUAUGAUUGAUGUAUUUAUUGUUGAUGGCGUCACAAAACAGGAAGUAGAUCAACAAUUGAAAAAGUACAGAGAAUCAAUCAAAAUUGUCAAUACAUAUCAUCCCAACUCUAAUGGAGCCCAAGAUAAUAUUGGGCAUACACAAAUUCCAACAUCUGCUUUAGUUGAUUCGAAUCAAAAAUCCCCGCCGGCAAUUUCUGUCGUUACAUUUAGCGCCGAAUGUGACACGAUGCUCGACAACACAGAAAAGUCAAAUAUAACAUUUCCUUCGAACGUGUUUGACGUCGAAGAUAACACGGGUUUUGCAAUUGUGAUAAAUGGUCAUUCCUUGGUGCAUUGUCUUACGCCUGAAAUGGAAGAAAAAUUCUUGGAUAUUGCGGCGCAAUGUAAAGCUGUUAUAUGUUGUCGAGUAACGCCUUUACAGAAAGCACUUGUUGUCGAUUUAAUCAAACGAACAAAAAAUGCUGUUACAUUGGCUAUUGGAGAUGGAGCAAAUGAUGUUUCGAUGAUAAAAACUGCUCAUGUUGGCGUCGGAAUUUCGGGACAAGAAGGAAUGCAAGCUGUUCUCGCCUCUGAUUAUUCAAUAGCUCAAUUCAAGUUUUUAGAACGUUUACUUUUAGUACAUGGUAGAUGGUCGUAUUAUAGGAUGAGCAAAUUUUUACGAUAUUUUUUCUACAAGAACUUUGCAUUCACGUUGUGCCAUUAUUGGUUUGCGUUCUUUUGUGGAUUUAGUGCGCAAACGGUGUUUGAUCCGAUGUUCAUUUCGGUAUACAAUCUCUUUUAUACUGCUUUACCCGUUUUAGCGUUAGGAAUUUUCGAACAAGAUGUUUCGGACAAAAUGAGUGUCGAAUAUCCAAAAUUAUACACACCGGGCCUAACAAAUGCCUUAUUCAAUACAACAGAAUUCAUUCGAAGUGUUCUACAUGGCGUAUUUAGUUCGUUAAUCCUAUUUCUCAUCCCAUACGGAACCUAUAAAGAUGGAAUAUCGCCAAAUGGAUAUGUUUUGUCUGAUCACAUGUUGUUAGGUUCUGUUGUUGCAACCAUUCUUAUCUUAGAUAACACUGCCCAAAUCGCUCUUGAUACGUCAUAUUGGACUGUCUUUAAUCACAUCAUGAUUUGGGGAAGUCUCGUAUGGUAUUUUGUACUUGAUUACUUUUACAAUUACGUCAUUGGAGGUCCAUAUGUUGGUUCUCUGACAAAAGCAAUGGAAGAAGCUACAUUUUGGUUUACGACAGUCAUUACAGUAAUUGUAUUAAUGCUACCAAUUUUAGCAUUUAGAUUUUAUGUAUUUGAUUGUUAUCCAAGUUUGGCUGAUAGAAUCCGAAUGAAACAACGAGUACAUCGUUUGAGUUCACGCGCAAGCCGUGAUGUGUUACGAACGCCUUCUGCAAGACGACAACGUCGAUCAUUACGAUCAGGAUAUGCAUUUGCUCAUCAAGAAGGCUUUGGUCGUCUCAUUACAUCUGGCAAAAUUAUGCGAAAAUUACCGCAAGAAUUUGCAUUCCCCUUGGGCUUAGGUAGCAAAAAACAACAUUCUGUCGAAAGUGCGAAGGAAGUUCGAAAUCAAACAUCAGCUGUUAUAACGACACUCAACAAUAACCAUCACAUCAGUAACAGUAACGAUAUUAGCACGACAGAUCUGCCGGGAAGUUCAAAUAGCGAUUCAAGUCCUCGUGCCCCAUAUCAAGAUUUGGAUACCAUAAACUUGUAAAAAUGGAAUUUUGAUACAAAAAUUUGUUCGUAAAAGUAGCAAGUUGCUUUAGAGCUCAAGAUAAUUAGUGAAAAAACUGUAAAUACAUUAAUACA